AUGCAUGAGAAGUCCAGACUGGGCAAGGGGGACAGCAGUGUCCUGGCAGGGCUUCCCAUCCCCUACACAGAGGACAGCCUUGAAGAACUAACUGCCCCCUUUGCCCAUGCCCAGCUCCAGCCCUGGGGCAGUCUCCACCCCCGCAGCCCAAGCUGCGCUCUGCACCUGGGCGGGGAGGCUGCGCUCUUUGCCGGUGGGCAAACACCUGCAGACCCUCCCGUAUCUCUGGAUCCUACCUGCGGGUGCUUUCCUCACCAGCACACAUUCAGUGCUGCCACUGCGCAAGGGAGCUCCGAGGCUGAAGGCUCGUCUUCCCCACUGUGCCCUGGAGCCACCACACGUGACCGGAGACGGGGCCAUUCCUUAUCAGGGACUGCGCGGUUCUCCCGGACAGAGGUACUCGUGAGGUCCUUUGGCACCGAAGACCGACCCACAGACAGGCCAGCUCCCCCCAGGGAGGAGAUUUACGAGUACAUCAUCUUCCGGGGAAGCGACAUCAAAGACAUCACCGUGUGCGAGCCGCCGAAAGCUCAGCAUACGCUGCCUCAGGACCCCGCCAUCGUGCAGUCUUCGCUGGGCUCCACCUCGGCCUCGCCCUUCCAGCCGCACGUGCCUUACAGCCCGUUCAGAGGGGUGCCGACCUACGGCCAGCUGGCAGCCAGCUCCCUGCUCAGCCAGCGCUACGCCGCCUCCCUAGGUCUCGAGAAGUUGGUGAGCCCUCCGGCCUCAGCCGCUGCCUCCAGCCCCAGCUCCUCUCCAUCUCCACAGCCCGUCUCAGAGCUUGACACGUCCUCAGAGCCACAGCAGCUCACGGCCAAGGGAGCUGGUUUGCCAUCCGUGCCGGCCGGCAAGAGCCCCAUGGUGGAGCAGGCUGUCCAGACGGGUUCUGCUGGGAAUGUGAACGCCAAGAAGCUGUUACCCAGCAAGGGCAGCACAGGGGUGCAGCUCAGCAGUCGCCAGGCCCAGCCCAGUAGCACGGCGGCCAGCGAUGUAGCCCAGCCGUCUGCCGUCCAGGCCUCUGGGCAGGUGAAUGACGAGAACAGAAGGCCGCAGAGGCGGCGAUCAGGGAACAGGCGGACGAGAAACCGCUCCAGGGGACAGACUCGUCCGAGUAACACCAAGGAAAACACCAUCAAGUUUGAAGGCGACUUUGAUUUUGAAAGUGCAAAUGCUCAGUUCAACCGAGAGGAGCUAGACAAGGAGUUCAAGAAGAAGCUGAAUUUCAGAGACGACCGAGCUGAGACGGGGGCGGAGCAGGACCCAGCCGGGGUGGCCCAGCACGACGACGUGCCUGCUGAGGAGGACUUGCUGGGGCCCAACUGCUACUAUGACAAGUCCAAGUCGUUCUUCGACAACAUCUCGUCUGAGCUCAAGACCAGUUCCAGGCGGACGACGUGGGCUGAAGAGAGGAAGCUGAACACGGAGACUUUUGGGGUGUCUGGGAGGUUUCUCCGCGGACGCAGCUCUCGGGGCGGAUUCCGAGGGGGCAGGGGCAAUGGGACCACCCGCCGCAACCCAACAUCCCACAGAGCUGGGACUGGCAGGGUGUGAGAUGCCACUGGAGGCCCCGCUGAAGUGGCACUGAGGCAAAGCCGCGCACGAGGGCACGAGGGCACGAGGACACUGCGCUCACGGAGGAGCCGGCCGCCGCUCGCCAGCCUGGGAACUUCCUGCCCUGCCACUUGUGCUUUGGGCUUGGCUGAGCUUGGCCGUGGUCUGAGUCAGACCCACUUGUGUUUGGGAGGUAUUCACAGGUAACCUCUUUGAGGUGUCUCAACCUGUGUUUCCUGUUUAGUUGUGCAUAGCCUAAUUAGAAGGUUUUGGUAUUUUGCAAAAAGGUUUCUAUAGCAAAAGCUUGAUUUUUCUUUGUGACUUUUUUUUUUAAAUGACAGCUUUGAGUUUUGAAGUGGAACCAAACUUCAUCUGGCAAACACGGCAGCCAGGUGCAUCUCUGUAACCCACCUAGCCUCGGUGCUGCUGGCCUGGCACUCCCAGUGCCCCAGUGGGGUCUUAGGAGCCACGCCGAGCCAGCAGAGGUGGGCUUGGUGGUGGGCGGGCUGAGAGCAGGGGAGGGGCUAGCCCAUGGAUCAUGUGUGUAAGCGAACCAGCCAGCCCUGACAUGUCCAGGGUGACAUCUUCCGGGUUGAAGCUGGCAGAGGCUAGACUACAAGAGCCUGGGAGCAGUGGCAGAGGGCCCUGAACAUCUGUCACGGAGCUGUCACAUGCAGCCAGCUUCUGGGGGAAUCGAAGCCCAACCAAGUCAAGCCUCCUGCCAGCCCUGACCUGGGUCGGUCAUCAGUGUUGGACGCUGGCCGAGCACACUGGUGUUCUGGCCCACCUGGAAAUGAGCCAGUCUCUGCAAGGUCCGUUGAUAAGAGCUUGUUCUUGAUUGUAAAUAGUUCUUGUUUCUGUGGAGAGAGGGGGUGGGUGGGGAGGGACAUAAAUUUGCUGCAUGGAAACUGGGUCAGAUCCCUCGUGUAAGCAUGCAUCCUCGUGGGCAGGGCUUUGUGUUGAAAACAGGAACCCUUUUCCAGUAGCUGUAAAAGCCUGGGCAUAUUUUGUAGGACCUGCCCACCAAGAGAACAUGGCUGGGGCGUCAUAAACUGUAACUAUAAAUAAACAUGCAGAUCUUUGCAGCCUUCUGCCCUUG